AUGCUGUCUCACUCUACGCAUAUCACAACUUGGGCUGUGGCGCUCCUGGGUCUUUUCGCUAAAAGCACAGGAGCUGUGAAUCUGACCUACUAUGCCCCAGAGGCUAGUGUUGAUCCUGCCUUCGCAAAUUGGAUUGGGUCAUUCUACCAGGCUGCUGAAGCGACCAAUACCACCGCAGCUGGAUACAGCGCUUUCUUCGACGCUCAUUCAACCAUCGAGCUGGCAGGCUGGAACCCAUCGCAAGAUGUGAAAGAUGGACUCAUGGUUAGAGAGCAUUUCCCUACCACUGUGUCCAUCGAUGGGGAUUACCCAAUUGAGAAGAAGUUCCACCUCUACGGCCUGACCAAGGCACACUACAAGAACUCAACAUGUGCAGUUGAAAGCUACGAGACCAAGUUCACGAUCUUGAAGAAUGACGGUUCCUGCAACUUGGAGCCAGAGGCCAAAUCCUUGGUGAACUUGGAGCUUAUUGAACAAACCCCUUCAUCUGUGUCGUGCGACUCAUUCUAA